GAUAGUUACAGCUUCAGCUACCGCGGGUUUCAAAGGUGCCUCCUCAAGGCGCCGCUGGGGAAGGAGGAGGGCAAGCCGAGCGACCCCCAAACGCAGGAGCGCCGGGAUAAAGUCAAGGAGAUGAUGAAAUUUGCCUGGGACAACUACAAGCGCUAUGCCUGGGGCAAGAAUGAGCUUCGGCCUUUGACAAGAAACGGACAUAUUGGCAACAUGUUUGGUGGGCUGAGAGGAGCCUCCAUUAUCGACUCUAUCGACACUCUGUACAUUAUGGGGUUAAAUGAGGAAUAUAAGGAUGCCAAAGACUGGGUCGAGACCAGCCUGGACCUGAAUUCAAAUGGUGAGGCGUCUCUGUUCGAGGUGAACAUCCGUUACGUCGGCGGGCUGCUGUCUGCGUAUUACCUGACAGGAGAGGAGAUGUUCAAGAGGAAAGUAGUGGAGCUGGGCGAGAAGCUGCUGCCUGCUUUCAACACGCCAACAGGAAUCCCACGAGGAGUUAUCAACCUGGGGAGUGGCACCAGUUGGAGCUGGGGCUGGGCUUCAGCCGGGAGCAGCAUCCUGGCCGAGUUUGGGACCCUGCACCUGGAAUUUCUUCACCUUACCGAGCUCUCUGGGAACCCCAUCUACCAGGAAAAGGUCAUGAAUGUCAGAAAAGUGCUGAACAAGAUUGAAAAACCCCACGGGCUGUAUCCCAACUUCCUCAGUCCAGUCAGUGGAAACUGGGUCCAGCAUCAUGUUUCCAUCGGAGGCCUGGGGGAUAGCUUCUACGAGUAUCUGAUCAAAUCAUAUCUGAUGUCAGACAAGACGGACGAGGAGGCGAAGAAAAUGUAUUACACCGCACUGGAGGCCAUUGAAGCCAACCUUGUGCAGAAGUCACCUGGGGGCCUUACCUACAUGGCUGAGUGGAGAGGUGGCGUCCUGGAUCACAAGAUGGGUCACCUGGCCUGUUUCUCUGGGGGAAUGAUUGGCAUUGGGGCUGACGAUGGAGCAACAGAGAAGAGACAGCACUACCUGGACCUGGCCGCAGAGAUCACCCACACCUGCCAUGAGAGCUACACUCGCUCAGCGACCAAACUGGGACCUGAAGCCUUUCGGUUUGAUGGCGGUGCAGAAGCCACAGCGACCAGACUGAGUGACAGAUAUUACAUCCUGCGACCAGAAGUCAUUGAGAGCUAUAUGUACAUGUGGCGUUUGACCCAUGACCCCAAGUACAGAGAGUGGGGCUGGGAGGCCGUGGAGGCCCUGGAGCAGCAUUGCAGAGUGGAUUCUGGCUUCUCUGGGAUCCGUGACGUCUACACCACCACAGUGGGUCAUGACAAUAUGCAGCAGAGCUUCUUCCUUUCAGAGACACUCAAGUAUCUGUACCUGCUCUUCUCUGAUGAUGACCUUCUGCCAUUGGAGGACUGGGUCUUCAACACAGAGGCCCACCCCCUGCCAAUCAUCCACAAGAGUUGCCUACAGAAUGGAGGAACACAGGACAAGACGGUGGCUGAAUAAAACCCAACUGCUCACCGUCCCACACUCAAGACAAUUACAGAUACACUGAAACAAAUUGUGUUCUCACACACGUAUUGAAAACAUGCCAACCCAACACAGGUUCAGAGUCCUUUCAGGAGCCUGUUUUGGUGUCUCGAUCCCUUUCCAGUAAAGGAUCUUGUUGUUCUACGCUGUGAUUGUAUAUCUUCGCACCGGGACUACUUCCUGAUGGCACUAUUUUUUUUGUGGACAAUCAAGGCAAACAUGACUUUCAUGAGAAGAGCACCUUUUCUUUUCUUUCCUUCUUUCCUCUGUGAGGAAACCAGUAUAACUUGCAGACCCAAAUGUAUGGAAGGAAGAUUGACCAUGGGCCAUAACAGUAAGAGAAAAAAACGGAGCAAAGGGGUAGAAAACCACUCAAGUUUAUAGCUUUCUGUUUGUUGUUUCACUACCCUUAAAGCAAUGAAUGGUUUCCUCUGAUGUCAUCAUAACAUUUUACUUACGUGUGUACUCUCUUUGACCAAAGUUCUCUUUGUGUUUCUAUUCCCCCCUUUUCCAGUGACUCGUGUAAUCCAGUAAAAUUUGACAGAUAGUAAGUCGGGUAGCUAAUGUGGAUGACUGAAUGGGAGUGUAUAUGAACGGAUGUACAGACCAUCGUGAAAUGUGAUUCUUUAAAACACCCUGAAACUAA